UGUAACAGAAAAAAAGGAUCGGGGGAGAAUACCCCAGUACACGAUGAACCCAACGGCGGGAUCACAUGGGGCAUCCCACACCUUCACCCUCGCCGAGCCCAUCGCCCAGUGCGCAGAGGCGAAACUUUACCGGGCAGACUUUUACGGUCUCCCCGCCAUCUGUAAACUUCGUUUUAGAAAACUUUACCGGCAGGUGAAGUUGGAUCAAAGGCUGCGUGAGCUACGGACGCUGCGGGAGGCCCGGGCCCUCGCGCGCUGUCGAAAACAUGGCAUCCGCUGCCCAACCCUCUAUGCGGUUAACCGAAAAGACUGCACGAUCAUCAUGGAAUAUAUCAAAGGACGGACGCUGAAAUUGGUUUUGGAUGAUGAGCUCAAAAAGAUCACCCAUGGCGAAAAAAAAGAAGAGGUGAAAGCAACGCCGUACGCUCUGCUGCUCCUCCGCGGCGUUGGCGAGAUCGUUGGGCAGCUUCAUAACGCCAACAUCACCCAUGGUGACCUCACAACGUGCAAUUUUAUUGUUGAGGAUGACGUCCGCGCGGAGUUUCCUUCUUCUUUUUCUUCCCCGACAUGGAUAUUGUCUUCCCCUCCUGCUAAGCUAAUCCCCUCAGGGGCUCGAAAAAGCCUCGUCGUGAUUGAUUUUGGCCUUGUGGUGGAUAAAAACUCCGCGGAAGAGCGCGCGGUGGAUUUAUAUGUUUUAGAGCGUGCCGUGAUGUCAACGCAUCCGUAUUUGCAAACCAUCGCGUCGACAGUCAUUUUAGAAGGAUAUAUGAACGUCGUGGAGCCGAAGAAGGGAAAGGCGACGCUGGAUCGACUGGAGGUGGUGCGAUCGAGAGGGCGAAAACGUAGCAUGAUUGGAUAACACAAUGGCAAGGAAAGUAUGCACCAAUAUUUUGAAAAAAAGGACGCAGGUUUGAUAUUAUCACAUAAGGAAAGAUGGCCCAAGAUAUUAUCUGGUUGGUAAGCAACCGGUAUUAUUAUUAUACUUGGACAAAUAAACGAAAAGUUA